CGCGCUGAGGCCUUGAGCCCCAAGAGGCGGGUGGGUGCGCGCGCUUCCUCGCGCACGCGCGCACGGAGGGGGAGACUGCCGCUGUGACGCUGCUGCGGCGGGCGGGCGGCGGCGCGUGAGGCGCGCGAUUCCCCGUGUCUUGGGAGCAGUGCCCCAGCCCCCGCCGCUCCCGCUGCCGCCAUGUCGGGCCGGUCCGUCCGGGCCGAGACCCGCAGUCGGGCCAAGGACGACAUCAAGAAGGUGAUGGCGGCCAUCGAGAAAGUGCGGAAAUGGGAGAAAAAGUGGGUGACUGUGGGUGACACAUCCCUUAGGAUAUUUAAAUGGGUUCCUGUAACAGACAGCAAGGAGAAAGAAAAGUCAAAAUCGAACAGUUCAGCAGCCCGGGAACCUAAUGGCUUUCCCUCUGAUGCUUCAGCCAAUUCCUCUCUCCUUCUUGAAUUCCAGGAUGAAAACAGCAACCAGAGUUCUGUGUCUGACGUCUAUCAACUCAAGGUGGACAGCAGCACCAACUCAAGCCCCAGCCCCCAGCAGAGUGAGUCCCUGAGCCCAGCACACACCUCUGACUUCCGCACAGAUGACUCCCAGCCCCCUACUCUGGGCCAGGAGAUCCUCGAGGAGCCCUCCCUGCCCGCUUCAGAAGUUGCUGAUGAACCUCCCACCCUCACGAAGGAAGAACCAGUUCCACUAGAGACACAGAUUGCUGAGGAAGAGGAAGACUCAGGUGCCCCACCCCUGAAACGCUUCUGUGUGGACCAACCCGCAGUGCCGCAGACAGCAUCAGAAAGCUAGCACCAUCCUGGCGCCCUUCGCCUCCUGGCCCCCUGCCUCUAUUUAUUGCAUUCUGGUUCUGGCCGUGCUUUGUUGCUGGGGUAAGGGCAAGCACUGGGCUCCAGAGCUUGCACAUAGGAGCCUUCUGGGCUGGAAGGGUGACAUAGGACUUGGGGUGAUAGCAUCAUCUUCCCAUCCCUGGCACCUGUGUUUGCUUGCUCCUGAGAAGAGGAGCACUCAUGUUCUUUUUGCACCCCAAGUAGGCUGGGGUGUCAGCCAUCCCAAGGUUCAUCUGUCACCUCCAGGUAGCAGUCUCUGCUCCAGAACCUCUGGACUGAGCCGCUGGCUCUUCUACAGGAGGAUGUGGAAGGAGAUGUGGAAGGCACCCUCUAGAGAAGAGAGUGCCCAGGGUUACUUGAACUUGAAUGGAGACUGUAGAUUCAUGGACUUUCCUAUCAGGCUAGGGGCCUGUAAGCUGCUGUUGGAGAAGGCCUGGUAGAGACUUUGGAGGGAAGGGAAGGCUGUGCACGAGGGCGGAAAAGUCUGUAUAGAUUUCUGUCCUGACACUUCUGCCCAUUCCUGAGGUUAUCCUGCCUCUCAUGGGCUCUCCAGCUGCUGACAGUCCUUUGUCCCCUGCUGCAACCACCCCCUUUCCCCAACACACACACACACGCAGACACACGCAGACACACAUACACACACAGCUUUCCCUGGUCUCACCUGUAUGUUUCAUUCCAGCAUCCCCUGCCUCUUGCCACAGACUCUGCCCCAGCAAGGAUUUGAGGUUCUGCCAACAGUACCCAUCCCCCACAGUACUCCUUCAGCUCAGACUUUCUAGAAAGUUCCCUCUUCUUUGAAAUCUGCAUGUUUAAUUGAACUUUGUGAUUUUAUUUUUUGUUCAAAAAAGUUUAAGAAAAUGGAAAUGGGCAACAGUGAGUGAAGACAUAUUUUAGCACUGAAUAGAAUAUUUUUAAAAUUAAACUAUUUGAAAUACGU